GUUAAGACUCUCGUUAUGGUAGCGAAUAAAAUUGCCAAGAAAGGCGACCUCCAUGUUGCCAUCAUCGGUGAUGAGGAAACUGUCUCUGGGUUUAGCCUGGCAGGUGCCGGUAUGCGCGAUGGAAACGGCGUGACCAACUUUCUAGUAGUUGACGCUAAGACCCGACGUAACGACAUUGAGGAGGCUUUCAAGACCUUCGUAGAGCGUCCUGAUAUCGCGAUUGUCAUCAUCAACCAGCCGAUAGCUGAGCAGAUCCGCCAUGUCGUGCGUAAGUACACCAGUAGCGGCUCGGCUAUCCCAGCAGUUCUCGAGAUCCCUAGUAAGGAAUCUCCUUAUAACCCAGCACAGGACUCCAUCAUGCAACGUGUGCAGAUGUUCUUUGGCCAGGCCUAGUCAGCAGCACCACCAUUCACAAUUGGUGUUCACUGUGAUGGCUUUCGACAGUCCUUAGUGGUGUUGGAAGUCUCAGGAGAGUUGGAUGAGUUUUCCUUGAUC